CAGAAAGAACAGUCAAAAUGCAGACAGGGCACAGGACAAAGCAGUAGGGACAAAAUGUAUAAAAAAAUGACAUUUUUUAAAACUUUCAAAUUUGCCGCCGGUUCCGGUGCCCGUACGUCCCGAUGUCACAGAGACCGGAACACGGAAGCCGGUGCUGGCAUCGGCCGGAGGAGAGAUGGCCGGGGACGCUGCAGGGGACACAUCAUGAGAGCGAAGGACAAGGUAAGCACUGCAGGGAAUCCCUGAGCAACAUCGCAUGGUAAGCCCGAGUGUAGCUCGGGGUUACCGCUUGUGGUACUGAAA